ACUCAAGUAUUAGGAAGGUGGCGCAUGGCAAAAGGGGGGAAUUCGAUUGAAUUAGUAGCUCAAGCGGUGGCUGCCUAACCAGGCCCUAAAAAUGGAAACAUAAAUUGUCAAAUUUGAAAAGCGCUAGACUGGUAAUUGUGGAUUUUCUUUUGAGGGUGACACUUCGAGGACAAUUAUCAAACAAAACACAUAUUCCAUAGAUAGAGUAUCAUGCAUCUAGAUCAUAAGCUUCCUUGGAACACAAUUUCUUCACACUUUGGCUUCAUCAAAGAAAACCAAUACAAGAACCGCAAGAACGACUUUGUUAUCCAGGACCGCUUUGCUGAUCGCCAACCCGCUGAGCUAAACCACUUUACCAAAACCCUUAUCUCCGUGAUCGAGGAGUUUGCGACUACUGAGCGAGCUAAGUAUCCACCGUCUACCGCUCUGCCAACGUCCGGUCCUCUCUUCGACACGUCUAUCCUACCGGCCAUCGAACAAAAGUACCACCUCGAACCACACAGAACAAACUCCGCAGUCUCCAAUCCCCUCUGUGAAGAAUUCCAGAAUGUCGAACAUUGGAUCAGCCACGCUCCAUAUAGCACGGCUGAUGGGGACCUAGCUGACGCCGUGAAAAUGCUACUUAUAUCGAACGAAAUGCUCGCUUUACUACGUCUGGCAAACCACAUGAAGGUCCCGCUAGCGACCCUUGAUAAUCUAAGUUGGGGCCACAGCUUCGGUGUCAACCAUCUUCCGGACGUAGCUCUACAAGCCUACCUACUACUGAACAUUGCCGCCGCUGUGAAAGCCAAUGCCAAGCGCGGGUCUGCAGAUGACACUGUUCGUCUGACGGAGACGCAGCGGUUCAGGUACUUCGCUGAUUGGGCUUUGGCGGAUCAUGACUAUCCGGCACAGAAUAUCCCGCAUCGUUUAUUUUGGAAUGCGAAGGGCAUUACUGAUUUUCAAUGCCCAUCGUGGGAUCCGUUGAGCCUUGACACGGAUGCGGAAAGGGGAGAAAUGAAGGCGUAUUUGAAGAUGUGUUUUGAGUUAUUGUACCGGUAUGACCUUUUGAUGAGGGAGCUGGGUAGAGAUCCAGAGUGGACGGAGAGAAUCUUGGGUAUUCUACGUCUGUGGGGAGCACGGUCUGUUACGAUGAAUGAGUCGGGUUUUUGCUUUGCCUGAUUGCGCAUGAUGGACCUAUGAUCUACAGCACAGUGGGAAAAGAAAGGAUAUGCGAACUAGGCACUCCAUAGAAGUAUCCAUAGCUGAAGUAUGAGAUUCUAGUCCUCGCAUACCUAACGUCUGGGAGGAAUUUAUGGUCUAGGUUUCUUCAAGUGAUUGUCGUAAGUCAGGUGACGAUGUAUACCCUACAUGAGAUGCCAUAUGAGAUGAAUGACUUGGGGGUACACA